AUGUCACAAGAUUAUUCGUAUUAUGGAUUUUCCUACAUGAAUAGAAAUGCACAAAACAACACAGGCAACACCGUGGCCCUUAGAAAUGCGGCAGACAUCUCCGUUAUCGUGGUGUACUUUCUGGUUGUCCUGGGGGUCGGAGUAUUGGCUAUGAUCCGCACCAACCGAUCCACUGUAGGUGGCUUCUUCCUUGCAGGGAGGAGUAUGGUUUGGUGGCCGAUCGGAGCAUCGCUGUUUGCCAGCAAUAUUGGCAGCGGCCACUUUGUAGGAAUCGCUGGUACUGCUGCAGCUUCAGGAAUAGCCAUUGGUGGAUUCGAAUGGAAUGCUCUUGUUGUGGUCGUCAUUCUGGGAUGGCUCUUUGUGCCCAUUUACAUUAAAGCUGGGAUCGUCACCAUGCCUGAGUACUUGAAGAAGAGGUUUGGAGGACAGCGAAUUCGCAUUUAUCUCUCUGUUCUCUCCCUCUUCUUGUAUGUCUUCACCAAAAUCUCAGCAGACAUGUUCUCGGGUGCAAUUUUCAUCCAGCAGGCACUUGGGUUGAAUAUCUACCUCGCUGUUAUUGCACUUCUAGCGAUUACGGCACUGUACACUGUCACAGGCGGACUGGCAGCAGUGAUCUACACAGACACUUUACAGACCAUCAUCAUGGUUAUUGGAUCAUUCAUUCUCAUGGGCUAUGCUUUCCAUGAGGUGGGCGGCUAUGUAAACUUUGAGAAACUUUACAUGCAAGCUGUCCCCUUAAUCACGGGUAAUGUCAGCGCAAACUGCUAUGAGCCUCGGCCGGACUCCUUCCAUAUCUUCAGAAAUGCAGUUACAGGAGACCUCCCAUGGCCUGGUCUUGUGUUUGGACUCACCAUUCAGGCUACCUGGUACUGGUGUACUGAUCAGGUGAUUGUGCAGCGCUGCCUCUCUGCCAAGAGUCUCUCUCACGUUAAAGCAGGUUGUAUCCUAUGUGGUUACCUGAAGCUGCUGCCCAUGUUUCUAAUGGUUUUCCCCGGGAUGAUUAGCAGGAUCCUGUACACAGAUGUGGUAGCAUGUGUGGAUCCAGCUGAAUGUGAACAAUACUGUGGGACCAAGGUGGGCUGCAGCAACAUCGCGUAUCCGAAACUGGUCGUUGAACUCAUGCCUAAUGGCUUGCGAGGUCUUAUGCUGUCUGUGAUGCUGGCCUCUUUGAUGAGCUCCCUUACCUCUAUCUUCAACAGUGCCAGUACUCUCUUCACCAUGGACAUCUACACUAAGAUCCGCCGCUCUGCUAGAGAGAAGGAACUCAUGAUUGCUGGCAGAGUUUUUAUCUUGGCCCUGAUUGGUGUGAGCAUAGCAUGGAUUCCAGUGGUGCAGGCUGCCCAGAGUGGUCAGCUCUUUGACUACAUCCAGUCCAUCACCAGCUUCCUAACUCCACCUGUUGCAGCUGUCUUCUUGCUUGCCAUCUUCUGCAAACGUGUCAAUGAGACUGGGGCCUUUUUUGGACUGGUAAUUGGACUGGUUAUUGGCUUGAGCAGGAUGAUUGCUGAGUUUGUUUAUGGGACAGGUAGCUGUGCUUCCCCCAGUAACUGUCCCACUAUCAUAUGUGGAGUUCACUACCUUUACUUUGGGAUCAUCCUGUUUGUCAUCUCCUGCGUCAUCAUUCUGGCAGUGUCUCUCAUGACCAAACCCAUCGAUGACAAAUAUCUGUACCGACUGUGCUGGAGCCUGAGGAACCGCACGGAGGAGAGGGUUGACCUUGAGAUGGAAGAUUGGGCUGAUAACCAAGAUUCCAGCAGUGAGGACUCAGACGAGGAUGAUGAGCCUGGCUUCUUUAAGAAGGCGGUGAUGUGCUUCUGCGGCCUGGAAACCAAGAAAGCCCCCAAGCUGACUAAAGAAGAGGAGGAAGAGCUGCAGAAGAAGCUGACAGACACCUCAGAGGUGCCUCUGUGGAGGAACGUGGUCAAUGCCAACGCCAUCAUCCUUCUGUGUGUGUGCGUGUUCUGUCAUGGCUAUUUUGGCUAAGAGUCAGCUGAUUUCAACUGCUCUCCGACACUCUAAUUUAUACAAAUAUAACAAACCACUCAUUAGCCCUCAACACUCUAAAACACAAUCAUGCACUUGUAAACUAUAUUAUAAUGUUUAGCCUUUGAUGUAAAAUAUAUUUUUGUAAAGCACUGUGCUUUUCAUUAACUCGUCCUGGUAGAUCACACUGUAAUAUAUGAACACAUAUUGCACUUACUGUAAAACAUGUUAAAGUUGUGUAUAUUCAUAUUUGCAUGCUACCCAUUGUACCUAUGAGUUUUCUUCCUCGUCUUAACGGAAACUUUCAAACAGCUCACGACAGGAGCUGCAGGUUUGCAUUCACCUGUAGAGACCACUCUCACACAGUAAGCGUUAUGUAAAUGUGUGGUUUCAUUUGCAACACACAUUAACCACAACACGAUAAAAUGAGCUGCAGCACACGCUUGUAAUCUAUUUAAUUAAUGAUUAAUCUGCAAGUUCAAAGCCAAAUUCCAACUAAAGAAAUUGUAAAAACGUCAUGAGUGUCUUUUGUACUUUCGAGUUUACACAUGAGUGGGGCAAAGGGGAACAGAGCAUGUCUGUUUUAAAAUUCAGGAUGCUGUCUUUUGUCAGUGAAGAAGGGAGACAAAAUAAUGUGCAAUACACCAGCAAGCGGUCUGUUAUAUAAAACCAACAAAGCACAGCAUGGGAGACACUUUAAAAUUCCUCGAAUUACAGUGUGUGCUACCUCAUUCCACUUAAGCUCUGUUUCCUGAUUAUGUGUGCUCAAAGUCCAUUAGUGCUGUCACUUCUUGAAUCCACACACCUUACUCUGUGUUGUUUUAGGUGUUAAUGAAUAAAAGCAUCUCAGGGAUGAAGGGCUGAGAAUCACUCAAUAGUAAUGGCUGACUAACUCUACUGCCCUCUAGUGGUUUAUUCUUGUUUCUGUUAAAGAAAAUGUAAAAUAUUUGUUUUCUCAUUGUUGUCAUUUGCCUAAAUUUUUCUGCUCUAACUGAGGAUGAAUUCCAUUCGUAUUGCUCAGUAAACAAAUGUUAAAUUUCAAACAAACAUGUAGUACUACUUUUGAAUUUACCAGAAGGCCUGUGAGUCAUUCCCAUUAACUCUAUCUUAUCAGUAACUCUGUGGUUAAUGUGCACUGAUUGCAGAUCACCAGCAUAUGAACGGUUGAAUCAUUUAUGAUUGUUUGGACUUUCAGGCUUUGUUCCCUUAACUUGUAUAUCUUUUACCUCCAGCUUACUCUUCACCAGGUGUAUAUUACUUUAUAGCUCCCUGCAACUAAUCUCUGGCAGAUCCAGAGAACAGUAACUAAGCCUAAAAAAAACCUAAAACAAACCAACAACCUGAGGCAAAAUAUAUGCUUAUCUCACUCCCUCUGGGGAGAAGAGUUUUUUGUUUUGUUUUUUCAUUUUAUUGCUAGUGUGCAAACACUGUCUGUCGAUCAGCUUUACUGCCUGUCUGUGACGAGGAACUGGAAGUGUUUGACAUUGUUUCAAAGCUGCAAACAAAAGAUUGAGUGUAUUGUGAUAUGCAGCAUUGUAUGACACUGUGCCUCUGUUUAAGGAAAAGAAGAAAAAGCUUAAAUGAAAUAAAUUAUCUUCAGUG